AUGAGCGUGCUGGAGUCGCUACUUGCCGUCAAUGUUCGUCUGGACAAGGUGCAACAUCGCCUGGAUAGAAUCGAGAAUGGGUUGAAUACAUUGCUUGAAAUAUUUGGCCAGCCAACACUAGAACAGCAGGAGCGUGGAAAACAAGCGCCGCUAGCUUCUCUAUGCCACAAUGCAGUGAAUCAUGGUGCCACACCUGCUCCUAUGGAAAACACGAGCAAUGGUCUUGACCCUGCGCUUCUUUUCAAUCAAUCUGAAGAGGGGCAAUCACUAGCGGUUGCGACUAAAGGUGGCCAGUCGAUUUAUACACCACUCGACACCUCCAAAAGCCAGAUCCGUGUCCUCGCCCUUUACCCAUCAGAGGACAAUCCAGUCGCCCCGAUUGUCGCCUCGCUUCAUGUACAAAGCUUAGACGAAGAAGUUUACAUCGCAACCCCGACAUUCCGUCAAUACAUCGCUCUAUCGUAUACUUGGGGUCCUCAAGCCUCAACGUCAACCAUCCAGAUAGACGGCCACGAGUUUCCUGUUACGAUAAGCUUGGAAGCUGCUUUACAGGCCAUGCGCAAACGUGAUAAGCAUCGCUCUUUCGGACCGGCGGUCCAAUGGCCCCAUAACACGAAGUCGCCGACAUACUGGUGGAUAGACCAGAUAUGCAUUAAUCAAGCUGACAUCGACGAGAGGAAUCAACAGGUCGCGCUUAUGCGGCGAAUUUUCAAAAGAGCAAAUAGCGUGCAUGUCUGGCUGGGGGAGGAAGAAGAUGACAGUAGUCUGGCCAUGGACCUAAUCAAUACGUUGGGCGCGACACCUGCGCGUGCCCCCGGUGAAAAAACAAUAGAUUAUCCGAAAUUUGGCGUCGAGCAGGUGGAUAAGCAUUGGAGAGCUCUGUAUGCACUGUUCAAACGGCCGUGGUGGAGCCGCGUUUGGAUCAGACAGGAAGUUGCUUUAUCGAGCCGUGGUCAUGCUUGGUACGUACCCUCGUUCUUGAAAGUCAAUCAGGCUGCCGAAGGCAGUAUGGAAGCCGGUCUACCAUGGACUCACAAUGCGACAUCCCUCCUAGCCCUUCGAGAAGCUACGAACGGAGGGUAUACUUUUGUUCCACUGACCUAUCUUCUUCCACCUUCGCGUGCAUGCAAGGCUACCGAUCCACGAGAUACAGUUUUCUCUACCCUCGGAAUGUGCGAUCAUGAACUUUUCGACGUAACGGCGGACUAUCGCAUGAAUCUCAGAGACGUUCUCAUGUCUGCCACGUGGGCUGUGAUCGCCAAAGCCAACGGUCUCGAUAUCCUGAGUGCGUGCCAAAAUCCCUGGAAAGCGCUGCCAUUCGCGACAUCCAAUGGAGGAAUUCGAGGAAGUAGCCGACUGAGAGAGCUUGACGUAACGGACGGCGACAUGGCGAUCGUCCAGAUUGAUGGUGACUGUUUGAUUCUCCACGGUGGCCAUGUCGAUUCAGUUGCAUUGCUGUGCGAAGACAUCGUCCCGACAAAUGCCACAUCCGAAGCUCUGGAUUCUAUUUUCUCAAAGUGGAAAGACUUUGUUACCAUGUCGGCCAUAAGCAAACAGCUAGACGAGCGAGAUGUCUACGAUUUCACUGACGAAGAGAGCUUGGAUGUCGAUAUGAACUGGGUAAGGUUCCUGACCGUUUUGAGCGACGAAGCUCGCGAUCUGAAGGGGGGCUACACGUUCUCCGCCAAAGAGCGCGCCCAGUUAACAAAGCAGAGGAAUGCCAACUUGCUAAAGGCAGGUGCCGAAGAAAUCUUGUGUAUUGCGGAAGAGGAGCUGCGAAGAACCAAUUCGUACUACCAUAUCAAUCUGAAGACGGCACGAGCAUACUUGUUGCCAUCCACCCCGGAGCCGUUCCCCCUGCGUCUGCACCCGAACCGGCGAGCCCACGCCGGAUUGAAGAGGAAUGGCCCAGGGCGAAGGCUGUGCAUAACCAAGAGGGGAUUUCUUGCCAUGAUUCCGGAUGAAGCGAAAGUCGAGGAUCGGAUAACGAUCUUUCGAGGUGCGACAUUCCCGUAUGUAUUGCGCAAGGAUGGUGGUAAGAAACGUUAUACUCUCGUCGGUGAAGUGUUUGUACCUAGGUAUGCGAGCGGAAAGGGAGAAGAAAUGGCAAGGCAUGAGUUUAGAGUCAGCCUGGACGCUAAAAUUCGUAUUUGCUGA